CUGGUGGGUGGCACUGGUGGGCAGCACUGGUGGGUGGGCACAGGUGGGUGGCACUUCUGGGCACAGGUAGGUGGCACUUCUGGGCACAGGUGGGUAGACACAGGUGGGUGGCACUUCUGGGCACAGGUAGGUGGCACUUCUGGGCACAGCUGUGUGACACUGCAGAGUGGCACAGGUGGGUGCACUGCUGGGCACAGGUGGGUGAUCUGCUGGGCACAGGUGGGCGGAGCUAGUGGGCGCACUGCUGGGCACAGGUGGGCGGAACUUGCAGGUGGCACUGCUGGGCACCGAUCAUCAGGGCACUGAUCAUCAGUGCCCUGAUGUCCGCGUGUCAUUGGACACCGCUGAUCACGUGGUAAAAGGCCGCUGUGAUCGGC